UAACUGAACGGCUUUUGGCUUUGUCGUACAUGAGCGUCAUUACGGUAACGUACGCGGAACUUUACUGUAUACAUGUAUGAAACAUGGCGCUGUCCUGCUCCAACCUGUGUAGCCAUUUGUCUUUGACCCGUCUGUGUGGUCUCAGGACAAACAGGAUAUCAAAUGGCCUAUACUUUCCUUAUGUGUCCUGUCAGUCCAGGUUGCCCCUGUGCCGACACUACUCAUCUUCCAAAGUUAGACGAGGUAUUGGUCGCUAUGUGGCCUCCAGCCUCCAGAGGGUAAAUACCAAAUAUGAAGGUUUCCUUAAAAGGCGAUUUCCCCGCUUUUAUCAACUCUAUCACACUUUUACGGAAGGAUUCAAGCUGCUGUUCCAAGAUGCCAAAGAUGUGCAGAGGAUAAAAGCUAAGAUGUUCUCUGAUGGAGUGCAGUUCAAGGAUUUGCCCUACAGGGAGAUGGAGAAGCUCAGACAGUUUCGCAGAGACGUGGUCAAGGCCGUGCCGCUGGUGGUGAUAUCGAUCCCUCCCUUCGCCAACUACCUGGUUUUUGUCUUGAUGUACUUUUUCCCCCGCCAGCUCCUGAUCCCACAUUUCUGGACUCCUCAGCAGAAGGAAGAGUUUCAGGGAUUGUACCAUUCCCUGAGGGCCCAGCACCACUGGCCAGUGCUCAAAGGGCUCGAGAGCACGAGCCAACAGGUCAAAGACGGCCAGCUACAGAGACGCCUUAAAGACCUGUGUGCCACAGUGCAAAGUGGAGCAAUCCCUAAAGUGUCUGAAAUCCUUGCCGUCCGAAGCCUGUUUUCUGGACCUCCUCUGGGUAUAAAGAGGAUGAGCGUGGAUCAAAUGAGACUUGUCAGCCCCCUGCUCUUCCUGACGCCUUACCUCCCGGGUUUCCUGAUUGGCCGCCGGCUGAACAACCAUGGCCUGGUGCUGCUCCAGCUGGACCGGGCCCUCAGCAGGCUGGGCCCUCACCAGCUGAGUGACUCUGAACUCCGAAAGGUCAGUCACUCUACACGACUUCACAUAGUUCAUAUUCACUGGCCAAACCAAAAUGGUUUACAUGAUGAACAUGGUUUACGGAUGUGCAUCCGGCAGUAA